UUUGCACAGACUCCAGCCAGUUGUGAUUAGUAUAUAACUCUUCACAAAGACACAAAGCAGGCUGGUUUAGAAACCAACUCUGCACGGAGACAUCAACCAGAUUCAUUCUGCACGAAGAUGACUGCCAGUAGAAACAGCAAGAAGAGUUACAGCCGUUCUAUUUGGUUACUGAUUCUGUCAUUGACCUUCACAAUCUCCUCUGCCAACAUUAAGGUAGAGGAAAAGGCUGGGCAGCUGACUCUCACAUGUGAACUAGCAGGCAAUGAUGUCAAUUGGAAGCGUGAUGGGAUAAUGCUGGAUUCAACCAAUAAGAACCUCGUCCUGGGACGGCUAUGGGAUGACCCCCGGGGGGUCUACAUCUGUAAUACCAGCACAAAUAAAGCCUAUCUAGAUGUGUAUGUAAGAAUGUGCCAGUACUGCAUUGAGUUAGAUACUGGAACAGUCUCUGGAUUCAUUGUUGCUGAUUUAAUUAUGAUUGUUCUAAUUGCUGCGGCUGUGUACUGUGUGUCUGGCUCUGAGACACGAAGACCAGCUCGAGCGUCUGAUAAACAAAAUCUGAUCCAGAAUGAUUCACUUUAUCAGCACCUUGGAGAGCGACAGGACGCAGCAUACAGCCAUCUCACCCCUCGAAAGAUCUAACCAGCAGCAUUUUUUAAUGGUUGUUCCAGACAAAAUCCCUUUUUUUAUAUUUUAUGGUAGAGACUUUCUUCCUGGAAGCAGUAACGAGCUUGUAUUGGAGAUGAUGGUGUUAUGUCACUGGUUAUUUAUAUCUGUCAUGUGAAGCUCUUCUUUCCCCUGCUUAAUAAAAAUGUUGAGCCAACAGAAA